AUGUCUCUCAGAGGUAGCCCCGCGAACUUGCAAAAGGCUCUCCAAGAAUGUCUCCAAGGCACCAUCGAGAAUGGCGUGCCAGGCCUGUCUGCAGCAGUCGCAUCCUCAAAGGGGCUUCUAUGGUCGGGAACGGCGGGGUUGGCAGAUAUAGAAAACAGCGUUGCGUUUACAUCUGAACACGUCGGUGGCAUUGGGAGUAUCACAAAGGUCUUCAUGAGUGUGGUUAUACUACAGCUCAUUGAUGAACAGACACUCGGCAUCGACGAUACCCUUGCGCAGCAUCUAUCGGAGGAAAUACUUCGAGGCAUCCCAAAUGCUUCAAAAUCCACGAUCGGCCAUCUUCUUCGUCACACAUCAGGAAUUCCAAGUUGGGAAGACGAUCCCCUGUGGAUCCGGCAGGGUCGUGGGUCUGAGCUCGAUCCUCGUAAGAUCUGGCUGAGUACGGAAACCCUGGACUACAUUCGGUACGACAGCAACUCUAAUCUCACGGCACCAAUUCCCCAGCCAAAGCCAGGCACCUACUCUUAUUCCAAUACCAACUUUACCUUCCUAGGUCUAGUUGUUGAGGCUAUCGCUUCGAAGGCUGCAUCUCCCGAAACUAAUGCGCCCUCUGGACACCAUCAUGCCACAGCUGCAGCCGCCAUUCGUUCACGAGUGCUUGAGCCUCUAGACUUGAAGUACACCUACCUUGAGGGGUUCGAAGCAUCUCGAGCGGGUACGAUGCCGGGUAGAUAUCACUGGGCCACUCCAGUGUUUGUUGAAACCGCCGGUGUCUGCCCGUUCUUCGGAUACCCGAAGACUCGUCCAGAUAUCCUGAACGCGAGUACAUCAAAUAUGUCCACCGAAUGGGUUGCUGGCGGCAAUCUAUCUCAUCCCAAAGAUCUCUGCACCCUAGGGCUUGGAAUUCGAAAUGCGAAAGUUUUGUCUAACUCGUCACUGGAAAUUAUGUACGACUUUCUGCCAAUCACAGCUACGACAUGGGUUGGUCAUGGCAUCUUCAAAAUGCAGACGGCGAAUGGUUCUAUUUGGUACGGCCACAACGGAAGUACAUUGGGUUUUACUGGAAGCUUCUUCUGGAAUGAGAAGAUUGAUCUUGCCGUUGCGGUUUUGGGAAACGUCGGUACGAUGCAUGCAGGAGAGGUCCCCGGAAGCGCAGCAUCCGUGAUAUACGAGGGGGAGUUUCUUGGAUUAGCGGUGAAGCUUGCAACUCUGGAGUAG